CAUCCUCCCUCUCACAGUAUAGCACUGGGGGACCAGCGCCCGCCAUUAAUGCCACUGCACCGAACUCUCUCUCUCUCUCUCUCUAUUCCAACCGUAGAAGAAGAGUUCUAGAGAGAGAAAGCUCAGAGACCUUCUCGAAGGUCUCGAGGGCGAGGACGAAUCCUCAGAAGGGGCGCGAAAUCGAAGGAGGAAGAGAUCGAAAGGGGGGCGCGAUCGAUCCGAUCCAACACCCUUUCAAACCCUAGCGAUAACCCUCCGAAACUCCGAGUCCGAGCCCUCGAGGUGCUACGCUCUCGUUUCGGCGAUCGAUUCGGCUUCGUUCUCGUGGGUCUGGGCGAGGAUUUGGUGGAAGCGAUCGAUUUGGGCGAGGAUCGAAGAGUUUUGGCUUUUGUUGGCUUCGAUUUGCGUACGCGAUCUAGAUGGGGAAUUGUUGGGGUGCGAAGAUUAGCUCGGAGAGCCCGUCCCGUAGUGUUUACACAUCAGGGGCAAACUCCAAGUUCACAAGCCGUAAUGCGAACGGGUUGAGCAGUUCGAGCAGUAGGGUUUCUGCAUCUUCGGUUCCUCCGACCCCUCGAAGUGAGGGUGAGAUAUUACAGUCAUCCAAUGUUAAGAGCUUCACCUUUAAUGAACUGAGGACCGCCACUAGAAACUUCCGUCCCGACAGUGUGUUGGGAGAGGGAGGCUUCGGGUCGGUUUUCAAGGGAUGGAUCGAUGAGCACACAUUUGCGGCCGCCAAGCCAGGGACCGGAAUUGUUAUUGCCGUCAAGAAACUAAACCAGGAAGGUUUUCAGGGUCACAGGGAAUGGUUGGCGGAGGUUAAUUAUCUCGGCCAAUUAUCUCAUCCUAAUCUCGUGAAACUUAUCGGGUAUUGCCUAGAGGAUGAACAACGACUUCUUGUCUACGAAUUUAUGCCCCGUGGGAGCUUAGAGAAUCACCUCUUCAGGAGGGGUUCACACUUCCAACCACUCUCUUGGAACCUCCGUAUGAAGGUAGCUCUUGGAGCUGCGAAGGGGCUCGCCUUUCUACACAGUGAUAAGGCAAAAGUUAUUUAUCGUGAUUUCAAGGCCUCUAACGUCCUUCUAGAUUCUCACUAUAAUGCGAAGCUUUCUGAUUUUGGGCUAGCGAAGGACGGCCCAACUGGUGAUAAGAGCCACGUCUCUACGAGGGUCAUGGGAACGUAUGGAUAUGCCGCUCCAGAAUACCUUGCAACAGGUCAUUUGACUACAAAAAGCGAUGUAUACAGUUUCGGAGUAGUUCUUCUAGAAAUGCUAUCGGGACGCCGAGCCGUGGACAAGAACCGCCCAAAUGGCGAGCACAAUCUGGUGGAGUGGGCCAGGCCAUACUUGACGAGCAAAAGAAAGAUAUUCCGUGUAUUGGACCCUCGACUGGGGGCUCAAUUCUCCCUAGCUGGGGCGCAAAAAGCUGCGGCUCUAGCUCUUGAGUGCUUAUCGGUUGAUGCCCGUUACAGGCCCAACAUGGAUCAGGUAGUCGUGGCUUUAGAAAAGAUUCAAGACUGUAAAGACACGGCCAGGGAUGCUCGCGCAGAGGUUAAGAUGAGCAGCACAGGUUUCGGAAGCAGUAAGCAGAGAUACCGGAGGAGAAGCUCGGGCGAAGCCGUUAAUGGAAAAGCGGCUUAUCCGAGACCCUCGGCGUCCCCUCUUGGUAGUAGUGCAAAAUAAGCUUGGGUGACGUAAUUAAUAUAGCUUGUAGUGGGAGAUGUUCUUAGAGGCUAAAGAUUCAAAGAAUUGUAUGUUGCUAGAUUUCUAUGUCGGCUUCGGAUUUUUGCUGUUGUUGUACAGCUUUUUCUUUUGUUCUUUCGUAUCUUUUUUAUGUUGUAUUUCGUAAGGUGGCCUUGUUUAGUGCUAUGGUCGGGUGAAUUUUAGAGUAAAUAUUUUUGAGCUUUUCGUUGCU